GCACUGGAGGGUGUCUGGGACACAGUGAGCGGAGUCUUCGGCUCCAUCUUCGGCUCUGGAGGCUGCUCCGGAUAUGUGGGUCUUUGCUGGGGCCAGUGCGGGAACCAGGAGCAGUUGGGCUUUACUGCUACGUGCACGUAUGGCUCCUGCCAGUGCAAGCCGGGCUUCUGCGCCAAAGAUGGUUUGUGUGCGAUGGACGUGCAGGGCAUGCUGCAGGGUGCAGCUCAGAAUGUUUUGCGAUAG